CAGCCGAGGGCCCCGACUCUGGUGGGCGAGGCAACAUGGAUCGGAUGGCCAGCUCCAUGAAGCAGGUGCCCAAUCCACUGCCCAAGGUGCUGAGCCGGCGCGCGGUCGGCGCGGGGGUGGAGGCUGCCGAGCGGGAGAGCUUCGAGCGGACUCAGACUGUCAGCAUCAAUAAGGCCAUUAACACGCAGGAAGUCGCUGUAAAGGAAAAACACGCCAGAACGUGCAUACUGGGCACCCACCAUGAGAAAGGGGCGCAGACCUUCUGGUCUGUGGUCAACCGGCUGCCUCUCUCCAGCAACGCCGUGCUCUGCUGGAAGUUCUGCCACGUGUUCCACAAGCUCCUCCGUGACGGCCACCCGAAUGUCCUGAAGGACUCUCUGAGAUACAAAACCGAGUUGAGUGACAUGAGCAGGAUGUGGGGUCACUUGAGUGAGGGGUAUGGACAGCUUUGCAGCAUCUACCUCAAACUGCUGAGAACGAAGAUGGAGUACCACACCAAAAACCCCAGGUUCCCAGGCAACCUUCAGAUGAGUGACCGGCAGCUGGAUGAAGCUGGAGAAAGUGAUGUUAACAACUUCUUCCAGUUGACAGUGGAGAUGUUUGACUACCUGGAAUGCGAACUUAACCUCUUCCAAACUGUCUUCAACUCCUUGGACAUGUCCCGCUCUGUGUCAGUGACCACAGCGGGGCAGUGCCGCCUUGCCCCGCUGAUCCAGGUCAUCUUAGACUGCAGCCACCUCUAUGAUUACACUGUCAAGCUUCUCUUCAAACUCCACUCCUGUCUCCCAGCUGACACUCUGCAAGGACACCGGGACCGCUUCAUGGAGCAGUUCACAAAGCUGAAAGAUCUGUUCUACCGCUCAAGUAACCUACAGUACUUCAAGAGGCUCAUUCAGAUCCCUCAGCUGCCUGAGAACCCACCCAACUUCCUACGGGCCUCUGCCCUGUCAGAACACAUCAGCCCUGUGGUGGUAAUUCCCGCUGAGGCCUCGUCCCCUGACAGCGAGCCAGUCUUGGAAAAAGAUGACCUCAUGGACAUGGAUGCCUCCCAGCAGAAUUUGUUUGACAACAAGUUUGAUGACAUCUUUGGCAGCUCACUCAGCAGUGAUCCCUUUAAUUUCAACAGUCAGAACGGUGUGAACAAGGAUGAGAAGGAUCACUUAAUUGAUCGGCUGUACCGGGAGGUCAACGGGCUGAAGGUGCAGCUGGAGAACUUGAAGACAGAGAGCCAGCGCACAGCGCUGCAGCUGAAAGGCCGCAUCAGCGAGCUGGAGGCUGAGCUGGCCGAGCAGCAGCACCUGCGGCAGCAGGCGGCCGACGACAGCGAGUUCCUCCGGGCCGAGCUGGACGAGCUCAAGAAGCAGCGAGAAGACACAGAGAAGGCCCAGCGGAGCCUGACAGAGAUAGAACGGAAAGCCCAGGCCAACGAGCAGCGGUACAGCAAGCUGAAGGAGAAGUACAGCGAGCUGGUGCAGAACCACGCCGACCUGCUGCGGAAGAACGCAGAGGUGACCAAACAGGUGUCUGUGGCCAGACAAGCUCAGGUGGACCUGGAACGAGAGAGAAAAGAACUGGAGGAUUCCUUUCAGCACCUGAGUGACCAGGCCCAGCGGAAGACUCAAGAGCAAACAGAAAUUCUAGAGAACUUGAAGCAAGAACUUGCCUCCAGCAAACAGGAACUCCAGCUUGUCCAGGGCAACCUGGAAACUUCUGCCCAGGCAGAAUCUAAGCGGGAGGCUCUGAUUGCCAGUCUGGAGAAGGAACAGGAGAGCUUGCUCAAGGCUGCGGCUCGUCGCGAGGAGGAACUGUCUGCUCUUCAGGAGCAGCUGGCACAGACCCAGCUCACGCUGUCUUCCACGCAGGAGUCCAUGUACCAGCUCGUGAAGGACCAGCGGAAGAAGCUUCUGGCGGAGUCAAGGAAGGCUGCGGAGCAGAUGAUCCAGGAGGCCCUGCGGCAGCUGGAGGAGCCCACGCUCAUCGGCUGCGCUGGAUCUGCAGAUCACCUUCUCGCCAAGGUCAAGUCUGCUUCCAGUUGCAUCGAGCAACUAGAAAAAAACAGAAGCCAGUAUCUGCUCUACCCAGAAGAUAUCAGUGGGCUUCUGCACUCGGUGACCCUCCUUGCACACUUGACCAGCGACACCAUUGUUCAGGGCGGCACUACCUGCCUCAGAGGCCCGCCAGAGCCUGCUGACCUGCUGACCGAGGCCUGCAAGCAGUAUGCCAGGGAAACCCUUACCUACCUGACUUUCCUGGAAGAGGGAGCCCUGGAGAAAGCAGACAGCACCGCCAUGAGGAGCUGCCUCGGCAAGAUCACGGCCAUCGGGGAGGAACUCCUGCCCAAGGGCCUGGAUAUCAAACAGGAGGAGCUGGGGGACCUGGUGGACAAGGAGAUGGCUGCCACCUCAGCUGCCAUUGAGACUGCCACGGCCAGAAUCGAGGAGAUGCUCAGCAAGUCCCGAGCGGGAGACACAGGCGUCAAACUGGAGGUGAAUGAAAGGAUCCUCGGUUCCUGUACUAGCUUAAUGCAGGCUAUUCAGGUGCUGAUUGUGGCCUCCAAGGACCUCCAGAGAGAGAUCGUGGAGAGUGGCCGGGGGACAGCAUCCCCUAAGGAGUUCUAUGCCAAGAAUUCUCGGUGGACAGAAGGACUCAUCUCAGCCUCCAAAGCUGUGGGCUGGGGUGCCACUGUGAUGGUGGAUGCGGCCGAUCUGGUGGUACAAGGCAAAGGGAAAUUUGAGGAGCUAAUGGUGUGUUCCCACGAAAUUGCCGCCAGCACAGCACAGCUUGUGGCCGCCUCCAAGGUGAAAGCUGACAAGGACAGCGUGAACCUGGCCCAGCUGCAGCAGGCCUCCCGGGGGGUGAACCAGGCCACUGCAGCCGUUGUGGCCUCCACCAUUUCUGGCAAAUCCCAGAUUGAGGAGACAGACAACAUGGACUUCUCAAGCAUGACGCUGACCCAGAUCAAACGCCAGGAGAUGGAUUCCCAGGUUAGGGUGCUAGAGCUAGAAAAUGAUUUGCAGAAGGAGCGACAAAAGCUGGGAGAGCUUCGAAAAAAGCACUAUGAGCUUGCUGGUGUUGCUGAGGGCUGGGAAGAAGGAACAGAAGCACCUCCACCUCCACUGCAAGAAGCGAUCUCAGUCUUUUCAGUUUCAUCAUUUGCACAAACUUGUGAGCCUCAGAGGGCUGGUGGAUCCCAACCCAGGACACUACCCUGAGUCUGUGCACCAAGUCGGAGGAACAGCAGGAGUGUCCUGGCUGAGAAUGUCCAGACAGCUCUCCCCUCUUUUGGCCGUUCGUGGAUCCCCACUGCUUCUUACAGUGGUCGGUUGGGUUUUUUGGUUUUCCUUUUUCAAGUCUCACUCUCAUAGCCAACUCUUGCAAAGGGAACGCCCCGGGGCGCUGCUAGGGGCCCCUCACCACAGCAGUUCACAGAUGGUGCUGCGGGGCCCCACCCUGGUGCUCCACGCCAGCCUCUCCACCGGCGGCCCGCCAAGCGCACGGGGGUCCCCGAGGCCCCCCAGCCGGGCACACUGCUGAGCCACACUUUCCUCAAGAAGCAGGAGCAGAGCGAGUGCCUUCCCUUGCUGAAGCUGGAGCCCUGCCCUAAGCCUUUGCGCCUUCACAGCGAGAGGGCUCAGAAAGAGGGAGGGGAAGGGGGUGCUCAAGGCCUGGCUCGUCCCCAAGUGCAUUUCCCGGGAGCUCCUGAUGACCAGGCUGGAAAACCUUAUGCUUGACUGGAGCUGGUGAGAGCAGCCACACUGACUUCUUCCUUCUUCCCACCCACCUCAAGUUGGCCACCUCCCCAAAGACCCAGGCAGGGCCCUAAGGGAAAACGUGCAGGGUUUCCAGUUCCUUUCUCCAAAUACCUGUUUCGGCAUCCUCUUGAAUCUGAAGAAGACAGUUCCAUGUUCUACCUGACUCACAGGCCCAGAAGACCAGACAAACAGCAGGAAAGAGCCCUGUGCCUGGUUUGGCACCUUUACUAUUUAUUACUCCCUUGGGCGGCGGCAGGUGCCUGCUGAAAGACGCUCGAAGCCAUCAGGAUUUCAGAUGUGAUGUUGGCGUGGCCGGCAUGGCUACCCUGGGACAACCGUCUUAAGAACUACAACCAAGUCCAGAGUGCCCUCUUGACUUCGUACUGGCCGGGAUCCUGAAGCACGCAGCCCCUCAGAGCGUGCGGGUGAGGGAGGGUGUGAACGGGACCACUGGUCUGAUCUCCAACCACGUGCUCCAGGCCUAACUGCCCGUUGGAUGGGAUGAAGACAGAAGUAUAUGAACAGCCUCCUAGAGAAAGGCAGCCUGACGGCACUUUCCCCUUCAGAUGGAACCCAACAUUUAAGUGACCUUCCAGUCUCGGACAACGUGUCUUCCUUUCUUCUCUGUAGCAACUCACAGGUAGUAGCCAACAAGCACCUCCCCGGAUCUACCCAGUGGAUGUUGCUAGGUUUUGCUGCGUGACAGGUUGUAGGACUCCUGUUCGAUCACUGUGAAUCAACCCUGCCUCCUUCUUCAUUCCCCCACUCCUCUGUGCAUUUUCUGAAGUAGGGCACUCAAAACACUGUCUCCCAGCAAUUUGGAUUACAUGACUGGGCUGAAGGGGGGUCGGCAGUAGAGAUUGUGCUGUCUCGUGUAUAAUGUGUCUUGUACUGGCAGUUUCCACCCACAGCUCAGAAGAAGUGGCAUGUGGCAGCCCUGGCACAGAUGUGCCAAUUAAGCUGAUCAGUGUCGGCUUAAUUCUCAGUGAGGGUCAGCAUUUCCAAAGGUGGCCGUGCCUCACUUCCAGAAUCUGGGCCAUUCAAACAUUUGGCUCCAAAUUACUGUUGGGGAGGGGGUGUUAGGUGUCCAGUAUAUUGCACCACAUUAGGUUUUUCCCCCUAAAAGAAACCAUGGUAAUUUUUAAAACCUUCAUGGGCUUAGCAUGAGAAAUACACAUUUGAGAAAGCACUUAACCAGAAGUACCGCUAGAUGUAAUAAUGAUUUUCAUCAUCAUGCAAACAGGAGCUACCAUUUUCUAGCCAGAAUCAAGUUGUCCCACCUUGACUCUUCUAAAAGUGAAUGUUAUACCUGGUUUGAAAUAGAUCAAAACAGGGGCAUCUUGAGGCUCAAAAGACAACCUUUAAUCAGAGAGCAUCAUGAGUGACGGAAGUUUCAUUGAUUAAUGUAAAUGAGUCCUAGCAAGAGAGGACAGCAAAAGCGUGGCGAAGGCUUGAUGAGAUGUUAAAUAGAUAGCAGCCGUUAUUUAAUUCUGUAACACAGUGCUCUCGUAUCGCUAAUGCAAGGAUGUACGUGUCCAUAAGGAAAACACUAGAAGACAGAACCUCCCUUUCUAGGGUAAUUUUAUAUCUGAGUGAGGAGCUUAAAUUAGACCUUAAUUUAGAUUGAUUGUUGAUCCUGUCGCCCUCAGCAGGAUCCCUGGGAUCCCACCUGAAUCUGAAUCCCUAACCAGUAACGGGAACCAAAUGUUACUCAGACCAUCCCUUCUUGGAAUUGUGUGGACCACGGGGCCACACAGGCUGGCUACAGCAGCUACCGUGGGGCCAUCACAUUGGUUUGCUUUGGCUUCUUCCCAGGGAGGAGUUGGUUGAGAACUUGUUCCUCGGAAGUGCUCACCUCAUGGCCACCUCUUUAUGUGAGGGGGGCUGCUGGCUCCACUUCGCGGGCCUUGAGUAACUGGCCAAUUUCUUGCUCCCUUCUACCACCUUGCCACAUCUCUGGAAAUCCUUCCUGCCAGUGACAGCCUUCAGCCCUGGCACUGGCCUUCUGACCAGACUGGCUUUGCCAUUGCUCUGCCAUCCUUAGCCCUGCAGGGACUGUACCACCUACAGCACAGCAAGCCACCACCACGGGCCUGCUGGCCAUCUGCACAGCAAGGUGGGCCAGCCGUCUGCUGCUCAAGUCCUUGGUCUCCCAGGUCCAGAUCGAAUAUACAUCAACAACCAAGAGUAGCGACGCAGCUGCCCCCACAUACCCCCGGCCCCCAGGAGUCCCGGCAACGUGAAACAGUUGGCUCGAUACCGCUGGGUCCGAUUCUGAGAGUAGGUAAUUUCCAGACGUGUCUUUCAGGUGACCCUCAGCUACCUCAGGUUUGAAGGCCCUAAAUUAAGCUGAUCACUACUCAUAGGGACAAACCGAGGGGGUUCAGAUCAAGCUUGGUGAUAACACAAAUUGUCUCAACCUUACAACAAACUCAUGUUCAGGUGUGCAGAGGCGGGUUGGGUUUGUUUUUCUCUUGUGUUUUUAACCUUCUCUCCAAAUGUUCCAUUAGAAUAGUUCCUAUAAAUGAAUUUUAUUUUUCACCGAGUGCCUACCUUCCCAGGGCAGGUAGCCACUGGCUUUUGUUCCCUUCCGACAAUACUUUUAUUAUGCUAUUAAGGCCCUUCUUUGUAUACUACACUGCAUCUGUGUUUUCAAUUUUUCAAAUAAAAAUUUCAACC